AUGGAUUCUGAAUUCAUCGCUGAAAGUGUAUCAGAAAUUACUACCAAUAUUAAUGAUAUGAAUAACAAUCUUGAUAUUGUAACGAAGAAAAAAAGUCCAAAAAAAAAGAGAUUAAGUCAGGAGGUUUUAAAUCAGAGGUGGGAUUCUGGACUGCUGAAGUAUGAGAAUACAAAUGAUGGAUUGAAUAAAUCACUUGAUGAUAGAAAUUUCAAGUAUUCAGCACUUACCUGUAUCGAAGAAUCAAACCGAAGCUCAAAGAAUGAUAUGAUAGAUCAAAUUCCGAGUUUAUUGAUUGAUAUUCAGAAAAAUUAUCAUUCGAUAUUAUCUACAUUUGACUUGCUACCAAUUACUUUUCGGGAGUCUUAUUAUCAAUGUUGUGAAGCUUUUAAAUUAAUUUCUGAUAAUACUGAAGCAGAAAAUUGUGCUGCUAUCACGUACGCCAUUACGAUGAUAUUAAUAAACACUGGUUACAUCACUGAUCGAAAAAUCGUAGUUUCCGGACUCAAUACUUUUAUGAUGCUUGCUGCUUUGAAAGCACUUACACUUCCUGAUGCGUGUUUUGCUUGGAAACGUGUAAAAUCUAUCAUAAAAGAAAAUUCAUUUCCUAUUAAUAAAGUUAUGAGCGAUCAAGUCCAUGCAGUCUUACUCAAACUGACAAUUGACUUCCAGAAAACAACUUCAAUAAUUAGCAUCCAUAAAUUGAGAGUGUCAGAUGUACGAUCUCUUAUAAUAGCAGUUCUUACAGAUUCCAAAGAAAAUUGGCAGUUUUUAAAUAACCGAACAGAAGCUUACAUUGAAUACGCAAACAGUACAAUUCAUCAUGGAUCAACAAAAUAUAUUCACAAAUCAAUCGAUUUGCUGAAAUUUAUUGCUCAUAUAAAUGAUCGGAAAUCAAUAAAAAUUUAUCAAGGAAUGGAGUGGGAAUCUGAAAAAACAGAUUCAUUGAUUUAUUCACGAAAAUCAUUUAAUGAAAGCAAAUGGAAAACUUUGAAAAUAGUUAUAAAUCUGGAAGAAAACACUUAUUUAUCAAGUCAUGUUGUACAGAAUCAUAAUAUUUUAUCAGCUGCUACACUACUUCUUACUAUUUAUAAAAAAUUAUCUGAGCAAAAGCAACAAAUUUUUACAAAUGUUAAUUUUUUAUCCCCUAUUAUAUUCACAACUAAUCAAAAAUUGAUACAGUUUGAAAUCGAAACUACUGCUAUGAUCCGUGAGGUGAUUUAUUCGAAUCGUAAAUGCGUUACGUUUGAAAGCAAACGAUCAAGUCCAGAAAACCAGCAUUCAUCUACAGUUCCAUCCGAUGAUGAAGUCGAUAAUUUUGAUUACGAAUUGAUAAAGAAUAGAAUUUCAAAAGCAAUUUCUGAUAAAAAUGCAAAAUUUAUUUUCAAAAAUGAAUUUUAUGCGAAAAUGACACUGCACAAUUAUGAAUACGAUGGCAUAUUCCGCUCAGUGCAAACUGUAAUCACCGAUGGCAAAGGUUAUGGUAUUACUUUACUGAAGCCAAAUAAAUAUUUGGAUAUUUUACUUGAUGGAGUUAUGCAAUCUAUUGUUUUCACUUACAUUCAUAAAUAUGACGCGCCAUCAGUCUCUUUGGUACCUUAUCAUGUUGCAUAUCUUGAAAUCACACCACGUUUAACACAGAGGAUUUCUGAUGAUUUUUCUGAUAAUGGGGCCAUCGUUGCAUGUUUCAGAGCAAAAUUGAAUAAUGGCCAACUUUCAGGCUCAUUUUCGUUUGAAACUGAUAAAGCCAAUAUUGUAGCUCAAGAUAUAACCUUCUACCCAAUAAAAAUUGAUGACAUACCUCAUGAAAAAUUAGUUAUAUCAGAAAUAUUCAUGCCGAGUACCUCAAAAUCGUCUAAAACUGAUUCCGAAUCAAUAAGCAAACUAAUGAAGGACGAAUUAGCAGCAUCAGAAUCUAACAAAUUUUAUCAGUCAAGCACUUCAUUCUGUGAAGACCAAAAAUUAGUGCAUAUUAAGUCAAUGGCUUGUCGUCUGCCAAAAAAUAUACAUGAUCCAGCCGAAUUGUGGGAUGCUUUAAUGACAGGUCAAAUAAUGGCAAGCAAAAUUCCAUGUUCAAGAAUUAAAAGUAGAGAUAACUUAGCUGGAGACAAAUACGGUAAUUCUGUUCGAUGUGCUAAUUUUUUAGUCCAAGAUAUUAGUCAGUUUGAUGCAGAAUUUUUUGGCAUUUCUCGUAGUGAAGCAGAAAAAAUGGAUCCACAACAAAGGUUAUUACUAGAAUGUACCUAUGAAUGUAUGGAAAAUGCUGGUUUAACAUCACUACAAGAGACAGGAUUUUUUAUCGGUUUCAUGGCAAAUGAAUAUCCAGAUAUCAAGAAAUCUCAAGAUAUCAUAUCAAUGCUUGGCUCUAGUGCUAGCGUUAUUAGCGGUCGUCUGAAUUAUUUAUUUGGUAGUACAGCACCAGCAAUUACGAUAGAUACCGCAUGCAGUUCAAGUUUAGUCGCACUACAAACUGCUAUUCAUGCAAUGCAAGCUGGACACUGCAAAAUGGCAGUGGUAGCUGGAGUUAAUCUCAUCCUUACAGAAGAAAGUAUAGGUCAAAGAGCUAAUGGAAAGAUAUUAGCUGAUGACGGUAAGUGCCGUAGUUUUGAUUCACUAUCAAGUGGUUAUGGUAGAGCUGAUGGAUGUGUGGUACUUCUUUUGAGUAUCGAUAAAGAUCUUCAAAAAUGUUCUAACGCUACUUAUGAAGUCAGCAUAGUGUCCAGCAGUAUUGGUCACAAUGGACAAAGCGCAUCUCUUACUGCACCUAACGGAGCAUCUCAAGCAAACUUAUUACGUGAUUGUUUAAACAAAGUUCCAAAGUCAAAAUUAACACAACCGAUUAAUUACUGGGAAGCACACGGUACUGGUACCGUAAUCGGUGAUGCGAUAGAAUUAAAGUCUUUACAGUCUAAUUUAUCUCAAUGUUUGAUUGGUACAAUCAAAACAAAAUUAGGUCAUUCAGAAGCUGCAGCAGGUGUUAGUGGAAUUGCAAAAAUUUUACUUCAAUUUCAACAUGGAUAUAUACCAGAACAUGGAUCAUACCAGUUUUUGUCAAAUUUUCAAGAUGGAAAUCUGUAUUUACCAAUUAUUGGAGAAGAAUGGAAUGGUAUACUGUCAGGUUUAAGUUCAUUUGGCAUCAGUGGAACAAAUGCUAUGGUAAUAUUUCAUUCUUACAAGAAGAUGAAGCAUAAAGUACCAAAAAAUUUGCAUAUUAAAUGUCAAACGUAUAUUUGUCCAAUUUCUGCAAAAAAUGCUUACUCCCUGAAUAUGCUAAUGACGGAAUAUAACAUAAUGCUUUCAAAUACUUGUCAUCCGAUGAACGAAAUCUGCGCUGCAGCAGCACUUCAUCGCAUUCACUUUAAACAUCGAGAUGUAAUUUUUAUUCAUAGAAAUAAAAUUAUUGAUUACAAGUCAGAAAUCGCUAAAAACAUCGCAGGAAUUGGAUUAAACUUAUCAAGUGUUACCUGCCAACAUGCGUUAUUCACGUUUUAUUCAAAUUUCCCGAAGUUUAGGAUAAAUUUUAAAAAAUAUUUUCAAAUUCUACGAAGUUUUUUGAAGCAAAAAAAUUCUAUUAUAUUUCGAAAACUGCAAAAUAUAAUUAUACUGUCUGGUCUACUUGCAACUAUUAUGUUUCUAAAGAAUAUUGGCAUUAAUAUAAACGUUAUUAAUCCACAAGAUCAAUUAUCACUAACUGCUGCUUACUUGAUUACUGGCAAAUUACAAUUCAAUCAGUUUAAUACUUCAGAAUUGCCAAUAACUUUUUCUGAUAUUCACAUUUUAACGCAACAAUCUUCAAUGACUAAUCGACACGAUAAAAACUUCUUGUGGUAUAGUUUGUACAGUACAAAAAGUAAGCCUUCAGGUAGGAAUUUUGCUGAGUACGAAUUAAUGAAAAUUAUAGCAGUGUGUUAUUUGCGAGGUAAUAAUAUUAAUUGGACGUAUUUGUAUGAAUGGCCACAAGAACGAGUAAUACUUCCGAAUUAUCAAUUUAAACGUGAAUCAUACUGGAUCACAAAUGAACCAUUACAAGUGAUAGAUGAUCCUCUGAUCGGAAGAUUAGUGGAAAGAAACGAGAAAAAAGUAAUUUUUGAGAAUCAAAUCAGUACUUUGAUUAGCUCGAAGCUUAUCAACUUUACAUUUGAUGGACAAAUACGUUUAUCAUUCGGUGUUUGCUGUGAAGCUCUUAUUCAAGCAUUACGACUAAGUUUUAGCCUGAAUUAUGACACAGAAUCACGUCUGCAUUACGUGCUGCAAGAUAUUACUAUGGCUAGAUAUAUUCUGCAAGAAAAUGAUUGGAUCAAAACGACAGUAAAAAAGUAUGAAGAUGAAAGGUAUUCUGUAGCAAUAAGAUGUGAUUCGAAAAUUAUUUGUCAAGCAAUUAUUUACUCAAAAAAGGAUACAAAAACAGUUCGAGAAUUAUUAAAUGUGAAAGAAAUGGGAGAGUUUAUUAGCAAAGCAAAUUUCUACAGUCUUCUCAAAGAGAAUGGACUGUACUACAAAGGAAUCUAUAAUACCAUUACACGUACUUCAAAUGACGAACAGAUUUUUGUAGCAAAAAAUUGUUCAGAAAUUUUUCUUGCCAUAGAAAGCUUGAUUCAAGUAGCUUGCUUUCAUAAUAUUCUACAUCCACGUGGUAUCUAUGAAAAGCCCAAAUUUAGAAUGAAAUAUCUGGUAGUUAAUGUAUUUCAAUUUGAAACGAUGUACAUUUUGGUGCAGCGAUCACGAAUUAUUCUGUACAACGAAAAAGGUAUAGAAAUUAUCAGUGGCACUUUUGAAAGUAAAGUCGAUAACGAUAAGCAAGAAAAAAGAAACCAGAAAGACAAUCGAGCAGUCGAAAACAAUUUGAAAUCCGAUCAAGAUGUGGGUCAAUUUUCAAAUACUUAUCAAGAAUACAUGUGCAAAAUACGACGAGCAGUUGACGACAUCAGAAGGAGUAGUACUACUGUAAACGAUGAUCAGUUAACAGUACCAUUCACAAAACUUGGCCUCGAUUCUUUAGCAAUGACUGAUCUUACUAAUCGAUUAAAUACUGUUUACUUUCCAGAUCAACAAAUUGGAGUAGUUGAUCUAUUUAAUUAUCCCAAUAUUUAUGCUCUGACUAAUGCAAUUCAUAGUCGGAAAAUAUCAUCUACACGAGUAAACAUUGAUCAAAAAAAUCAAAUUAAGAUUAGUAAUAGUGAAAAAAAUGCUUCAACGAAGAAAAAAACGAAUAAUGAUCAAAAUAAUCGUGAAAGCUCAAUCAGUGAUCAAAUUUCAACUUCUUCUGAAGAAGAAAAUUGUGCAUAUAGUCAAGUAUUUUUAAACGAACAAUCAAAAAAUCAUUAUUUUACACUAAUCAUCACCGAUCAGAGGAAAAAAUCAAAAUCACGUAAUAUAAUGCUAAUCGAUAUCAAGGAUCAGAAUCCAAAUUUUUCUCAUAAAAAUGAUUCUAGCAUUCUUUAUUUCAAUCAUGAAGAUCUACAACAGUUAAAGCAUCGUUUUUCUCAACACUUACUUGGACGUCAAACGGUAAUGAUCAAAUUUGAAUUCAGUGAUAAUUUUCCUCUGCAACAACUUAUGCAAAUUUUGCUCUUACUUACAGAAAUUAUUAAUAAAUCCCAGAGUACUUUUAUAUUUUGCAGUGAAUCUGACCUUGGAAAGAUUAAUGCAUUUGCAUUAGGAUAUGCUAAAAGUUUGUGUGCUGAAUUAUAUCCUAAAGUACGCUAUGAAUGGAAUUUUAUUCUACAAAAAAUGAAAAAGUUAAGAAGUUAUGGAUUAAAAUUCGAUAGUUCAAUUGCUGACAAUAAUUCAGAACAGAACUGGAUUAUUACUGGAGGUCUUGGAGGAAUCGGUUGGCAAAUGGCUAAAUUUCUAGCAUUUAAUCAGAAAGUUUCGCAUAUAAUUUUAUUAUCUAGACGAGAACCAACUGAAAGGCAAUAUCACCAAAUGAACAAAAUUCGUGUUACUGUAAACGUUGACAUACGAGCUUUUUCGGUGGAUAUCAGUUCAUACACGCAAAUGAAACAAUUCUUUGGUAAUUUAAAAUUAUUAAUAACUGGUAUUGUUCAUAGUGCAGGAUGUAUUCAUGAUGCCCUUGCUAUUAAGCAAAGUCUUUCAACGCUUCAGCUUGCUACAAAAGCAAAAUGUUACGGUUUAUUAAUACUAGAAAAAUUUUCACGUUCACAUCCAAUUAAACGAUUUAUUGUUAAUUCAUCUAUUUCUGCACUUAUUGGUAAUAGGGGUCAAUGCAAUUAUUCUGCAGCUAAUGCAUUCAUCGAUGAAUUUAUGCUUGAAAAGCGAAAAGUUACUGGCUUACCAGCUACAGUAAUCAACUGGGGUAAUUGGCUCGAGACUGGGAUGGCGGUUCAAGCCAAUAGUAACUUAAAUCGUAUGGGUUUCACAGGCUUGAAAACAGCCAUUGCUAUGAAAUAUUUUAAAUAUGCUAUUGAUUACAGCCCACCAAGAUUAAUUGUUUGUCAGUUAAAUAUAAACAAAAUAUCAUUAUAUCGUCCGGAUUUAAUAUCAAUAUUUGCACUUGAUAACAAGAAUUCAUCUGAACUAAUAACUUCCAAUAUGAAGAUUCAAGAAUCUCAACAAUGGAAGUUACCUACGAAGACAGUACUCGAAGGAUUAUCUGGAAAUAGUUCAAGAAACAACGAUAUUCCUGUAAAUAUAUUUAUUAUCAAAUCGAUAAUUAUCAAAUCUAUGGAAGAAGUCAUUGGGCGAAAAUUUACUGUUGAAGAUUAUCAGAAGAGCUUUAUAGAUCUUGGCUUUGAUUCUUUAAAAAUAUACCAGCUUGUAAAUGCAUUAACUGAAAAUAUUGAAAGCAUUCCUUCGCUCAACGUUUUAACAAUAUUUGAAAAUCCUACUGUGGAAAAACUGGCUUCUUAUAUUCACUUGCAACCUUAUCACAUUAUCAAAAAGAACCCACAAACAAUUGCUAAAUGUAGCAACGAUACUCAGUUGGAAGAUGGACAUAUCACAAAAAACUUCAAUUUCUUCGUACUUUAUUGGAAAGAUCGAGAAGUACCAGAAAAUAUGAAGUUGUAUUAUGCAAAACUCUUAGAUACACCUUCAGGAAUAUCGAGAAUAUUAGUAGAUCAAAUAAAAAAUGCUAGGUUUUGUAAAUACUUACAAGUGAUUUGGGGUUCUAAACGAAAAGAUGUACAGAAACAGAUACUGCAUUCUCAAAUUAUGAACAGUGCUCAGAAGUCCGCUAAACCGAUAAUAUCUUUUAUGGUUAGUGGUCAAGGAAGCCAAGUUUGGAAUAUGGGACGACAGCUUAGCUUCAUUUUUCCCUUUUUUGGAAAAAUUUUUGAACAAACAUUGCAUACUGCUACAAAACUAAUGCGAAAUAACAGUGUUAAACUUCGAGAUAUAAUCUACGAUUGGAAAUAUCAAAAAUUACUGUACAAAACAGAAUACGCUCAAGCAAUUAUCUAUUGCUUUGCAUAUUCACUUGCAAAACUUUACGAAUUUUGCGGUGUAUACGCUGAUUUUUACGUAGGACACAGUGUUGGAGAACUUGUUGCUUACACGCUAGCUGGUGGAUUAUCAUUGCACAAUGCACUGAAAUUAGUCCUACAACGAGGCAAAAUGCUCGAAUCUAUCAGAGGUAAAGGCAAAAUGAUCGCAGUAUCGAAAGAAAUCGCAGAAGAACUCGAAAAUUAUAGUGGAUUAAAUCGAGCAGCUGAAAAUAGUAAUCAACAAGUAAUUUUAUCAGGAAGUAAUUUAUCAAUCCAACGUUGCUUACAUUAUGUUCAAAGAAAGCAAUAUUCAGCUACUGUAAUUGAAGAUCAGUAUCCUUUUCACAGUUCAGUAAUUGACGAUUAUCUUGUUAAUCAAUACAAAAUAGCAUGCAAAUUUGGAAAAUUACAAAAAGCAAUCAAAAAUAUUGUAAGAAAUAGUUCAGGAGAAUUCAUAACUUCUGAAGCAGCAUGCAUAGCUCCAAUUCGAUCACCAGUACUUUUCAAAAAAUGCAUUGAAACUUUGAAUAUUAACAAUACAAAAGUAUGGCUUGAAAUUGGAAAUGGUGAAGUGCUGUCAAGAUUUGUACAGAAUACAUUGAAAUCGUCUCAAAACAUGCUAAUUUGUUCAGGAAUCAAGGAUGGUAAGCAAGAGGUAGAUUCAUUCAUUGAUUCUUUAUGCCAGUUACAAAAUUUUGGAAUCAAAAUUAAAUGGAAUCGAAUUUGUAAAGAUGCAAAUUCAAAGAAUAAUCUUGAAUUAUUCUUUAAAGAAAGCACUGCAGUAUUUGACAUCAGAAAUGAUAAAUAUAUGAUGGAAUUGAUCAAUGAGCACCUAAUUUAUGAUCAAACAACUGUUCCUGCAGCACUGAUCAUUGCUAUAUUCAUAAAUUUCGCUGUUAAUACGCGAAAAACGUGUACUUUUGAUGAAGAAAAACAAGAAAAACCAUCUUCAAAAUGUCAUAUAGUAGAUAAUUAUAAAACUAUAUUACUGGAAAAGUUACACUUGAAGAAAAGAGUGAAUGAGCGUGACUUACGUAACCUUCAAAUAAAAUGUUGCAAUUGCUGCGAACUAUUAUUGACCGAUAACGUUGAUGAGUUCUGUAAUUGCCAGUUGAGCAUCAAAACACGUGGGAAAGACAUUAACCAAAUGGAAGCAAUUGAUAUUUUGCAUGAAUUUCACCUCAAAUAUAAUCAUCAUUUACUAUCUACUAUGACUAAAUUUUCUCAUAAAAUUUUCUAUAAAACAAUGCAAUCAGCAGGAUUACAGUAUGGAGCAAAAUAUCAAGUUUUACGUGAUAUAUAUCGUGAUCAAAGUAAUUUAGUUACUGCAGUACUGGUCAAUUCAGCUGAUCUAACAAGACUGAUCGAUGGAGCACUUCAGCUUAUAUCAGUAGCACUCAUGAUCAAUUCUAAAUGCUCGUUAUUCAUUCCAUUUGUGAUUGAGAAGAUCUUGAUCAAAUACAGCAACUGUGAUCAGUGGAUGAGAAGUAUUUCUGCAAGAAAGGAUGGCAAUCGUUAUCAAGUAUAUGCUAUUAUCACAAAUCUUACUGAUAACAUCUGUACUGGCUCAGCCAUUGUCUGCAAUAAUGAUGAGACCAUUAUCACUCUGUAUAAUGUAUCAGCUAUUGAUAUGAAUGCAAACCAAAUCAUACCAAAACUGAAUAAUCCUAACUUCUAUUCCAAUUCAUCAUUAUCUUCAAGUACUCCAAGCUUUAAUAAAUAUCAACAAAUAGAUCAAGGAAUAAAUCCGAGCAAUCUAGAAAAAGAAAAUAAGUUAAGAAACAAAAUCAGCCCAAGCGAUACUUAUGUAUCAAAUACUGAAGUCAACAAAAGCCAUAAUUUAUCUGUACAAGUAGUAAUUACUAGUUAUGCAGGUUUAUUUCCAGAAUCAGCAGUUGAUACCGAAACGCUUUGGAAUAAUCUGAAGAGUGGAACAAACAUAAAUUGUCAAGAAAAUGUUUGUAAGUUUGGAAGAGAUAUAAGUACUUUUGAUCCAAUUUAUUUUGGGAUUACACCAAAUGAAGCAAUUUAUAUGGAUCCUCAACAAAGGAUUUUGUUGGAAUUAACUCAGAAAACACUCCAAAAAGCUGGCUUACAAAAGUUACAUCACAAUACCGGUGUGUUUAUUGGAGUCAGCUCCAAUGAUUUUGCUCAGAAAGCAUUUCGAGAACUCCCAGAAGAUUGCUCUUAUUUAACUACCGGUACAAAUCAAAGUGUUCUAGCCGGUCGUAUAGCGCAUUGGCUUAAUCUAACUGGUCCUUGUUUGGUAAUUGAUACUGCAUGUUCAUCAUUUUUUUCUGCUCUUACAAUUGCUUAUGACAAUAUUAAAUUAGGCAGAUGUUGCGCAGCUUUGGUCGGAGCGGUAAAUAUUAUUUUAAAUUCAAAAACAACUUCUGUACUUGAUAGUGCUAAAAUGCUGAGUAAAACUGGUUCAUGUAAAGUAUUUGAUGCAGAUGCUGAUGGAUAUGUUCGAUCUGAAGCAGCUGCUAUGAUACUUCUCCAAGCAAUGGAUAAAAGUAAUUUGGAAACUGAAACUUUAAUUGAAUCUGCAAAUGAUUUUACGUUUACAAUCGAAAAUUGCGCGAUGAAUCAUAAAGGGUAUUCAAGUGGAUUAACAGUACCAAGUAGUUCAAGCGAACAAGAUUUGAUGCGUAAAGUUACACGUGAAAACUUUGAAGUUAUAAAUUGGGUAGAAUCUCAUGCAACAGGAACUUCAUUAGGUGAUCCAAUCGAGAUGGAAGCUAUUGCUGAAACUUUGGGAUAUCCUAAUCAACGGAUUUACACUACAUCAGUAAAAAGCUCUAUAGCUCAUUGCGAAGCAGCCGCUGGUGCAGCAUCACUAAUUACGGUUUUAGAAUCAUGUCGGAAUUCAUACUUACCAUCUAUGCAGCAUUUCCGGUUGCUAAAUCAAAAUCUGAAAUCAGAUUGUGCCAACUCAUUAGUACUUCCAAUAGUAGGUGAAGAGUUACCUGAUGGAACACUGAAUGUUCUCAUAAACUCUUUCGGUUUUAGUGGCAUCAACGUAUCAUGCGUAAUUCGAUGUCAAAAGAACAAAUAUUCUCGUAAGAAAAAUUUGAUAGUACAUGGACGAGAAGCAAUAGCACUGUGGAAUCCUAGACCAAUACUCUUAUGGUCUGAUAGCAAUUCAAAAGAUUUAGAAUCAUCAUGGAAAGUUUUAACCGAUUACUUACAAACAUGCCAAUAUAAUCUUGCAGCAAUCUGCGCUUGUUUACAAGAUUUCAGAAGCAACAAUAAAUAUCGAAUAGCUAUACCAGUAAAAAGACAUAUCUCAAAAAAUAUUCUUGAUCAAAUAACAGAAACUCAACCUGUAAAAUGGAAGAAGAUCCUUUUGAUUAUGAACAAUAUGCCAGAAUUUGCAAUGAUUUCAGAAUUGUGUUUUACUUAUCGAUCGUACCUGAGAAUCUUCAAAGAAUGUCUUAAAAAUGUGGACGCUCCAGUUAACAAUUUGAUUUCUUCACGUAGAAAAUCAAAACUCGAAAUCACUGCUAAACUUUCAUUAAUUAUAUUCUUAUUGAAUCUCGGGAUACAACCAACAAUUGUGCUUGCAACAAGUAAAAUUGAUAAAAUUACUAUAGCUCAAUUGAAGAAAUUCAAGGACUAUAUGAAAUACAGUCGAUACUACGAUAGUACCAAAUCAGAUCAGCUCUAUUCUUUCAGAAUCCAAGAGAAAGCGAUUCUAGAUGAUUUCGACUGCGUCAUUAAUCUGCAAAAUUUGCAUAUCGAAAAACCUAAAAAUUUGCAUACUUUGCAUUGGAAAAAAUCAUUUAGCAGUCAAUUUGCAAUAACAAUUUGCCAAUUAUAUGAGCACUUUGUAGAUAUUAAUUGGAAAUUUCUCUAUGAUCGAAAGUUUGGGAUGUAUAUUCCAAUUCCUGAUACCAUUUGCUCUAAAAAAAGAUACUGGCCUUUCAAUAGUGGCACGGUCAACAACAAAAAGGUUAAAAAUAUAAAUGACGCAAAAAAAAAGUCGCCUGAUAGAAUGCUCACUUCAUCACUGGAAUCGCAAUCGGAAACAAUCCGUGAAAAAAAAGAUGAACUUGAAGAAAAUCUCGUAUGGAGCUCUGAAGGGAAUACAUGGUGCAGCAACAGUGAGAUGGAUUCUAAUCCUCAAUAUGGUAUUUAUAGAAAAUUAAUUAUGGAAUGGAUAAAUGAUAAGGAGAAUUUAUUGGAAAGUAGCAUAAAACAAAGUAUGAUAGUUAUUAAGUUAUGGACUAUUUUAAUGGCGAAUCAAAGUGAAUUUAACAGCAACACCAGAGUAAUUGGAAAAAACGUGAAUCAAACGUCAAAUUUAUGCUUAAUUGUUUUCACUAUUUGCAAACGUGACUUGCAACUUGAUCGAUUCUUCGGACCAUGUUCUAGUUUAUUAAAAACGUUAGCAGCUGAAAGCAGAAAUAUUAAUUUUAAGAGUGUUCUUACUGAUACGUUGAAUGAACGUAUACUAGCUGAUAUUUGUACUGAAAACAAUAUAAAUGAAACAAUCUGGUACAGAAAUGGUCAAAAGUAUUUGCAAAGAUUACAAAGAAUAAAUAAUCACUUUGAAUCUAUAAUACCACAGAAGAAAGAUCGAAUUCUGAUUACAGGUAAUAUCAAAGGAAUAGCAGGAGAAUUGAUUGCUAAUCUGAAUCCCAAUCUAGCCAUUGUUGUUUCCAGAAGUUUACCUGACAAUUCUGAAUACGACAAGAAAUGCACUGAAAUUAAAUGCAUUCAAACAGAUUGUACUGAUUAUCAAGAAAUGAAAAAAAUUUUUAUCAAAUAUGCACCAUUUGAUGUGGUAUUUCAUUGCGCAGCAGUAAUUAGCAAUGCGUUGAUAAAUGAUAUGACUUUUGAAAAAUUCAAAUCUGUUUGUAAUCCAAAACUUCUUGGCUUACAAAAUCUUAUCAAACUAUCAACAAUUUAUGAUAGCAAGAAGAUUGUAGCUUUUUCGUCUGCAGCAUCAAUUAUUGGUUCAGUUGGACAGACAAAUUAUGCAAUGGCUAACGAAGUUAUGGAAUUUAUGAUGGAAAAGGAUAUGCCAAAUGGAUUAGUGAUAAGCUGGGGGCCAUGGGAAGAAAGAGGCCUUCUAGCUGGAAAGCAUCUGAGAGGUAUUCGCGAGCAAGUCCGUAAAACUGGAUGGAAAUUAAUGAAUGCUAAACAAGUAGCUCAGUUAUGUACGAAAAUGCUUGACUGCAAAGGUCAUUACAUUGUAAUGGAUAUAGAUUUUGAUAUAUUACAAAGCAAGUGUUUCUAUUUGAAAAAUCUUUUGGAAUUACUUACUUCCAGUGAUUCACAAGAAAGGACAACUUUCGACAAUAUACAGAUGAAGUCGUUAAUCAGUGCAGCAGAUGAAAUAGCAAAAUACAAGUUUAAUGUGGAUUCAGUUAUUAAACACUGCAUUAUGGAAGUAAGUGGUAUUACAGAAAUCAAUUCUGAUUUAGGUUUCAUGUCAAUGGGAAUUGAUUCUCUGAUGAUCAACGAAAUGCAGACAUCACUUAAGAAUAAACUUAAAUUGCAUAUUCCUACUGCUAUUUUUUACGAAUAUUGUACUGUAAAUACAUUAACAGAGUAUGUAAUGCAAAAUUUACCAGAAUGUGAUGGAACGAAUAUUUCAAAAAUUCACGAUUCGUUUGAAGCAAACAAGGAUUUCGUUGCAAUAUCAAGUUAUUCAGGUGCAUUUUCUGGAGCAAUUAAUGAUCAAAAUUUUUGGAAUUCACUUUUGAAUGGUGAAGAAUUGAUUGAAAUUCAAAGCUAUAAGAGUGAUAAUGGUCAGAAGCAGAUAUCCGUGGGUCUUGUCCCAGAUAUUGAUAAGUUUGAUUAUCGAUUUUGGAAAAUCAGUUUUGCUGAUGCAUGUUACAUUGAUCCACAGAUUCGCAAAUUUGUUGAACAUGCAUAUAUUGCAUUAGAACGAUCUGGCCUUAUUCAAUUACGUAAUAAAUUACGCAUAGGUGUUGUUGCUGGAGCAGAACCAUCAAAAUACCGUCCAAAAUCACGUCAUGUUGGUGGUAUUGAAGGAUUAUACGAGAUGAAUCAGAAGGAUUUUGUUGCAAGUUGGACCAGUCAUUUGUUGAAUCUUCAUGGUCCUUCAUUCGGUAUCUAUUCUGCUUGUUCAACAGCACUUGUUGCAAUCAUUCAAGGGAUCAGUUUGUUGCAAAGCAAUCAAUGUGAUGCCGUUCUUGUAGGAGCAGUAUCUUUAGCUAAUCCUAUGCAAAUUUCGAAUAACAAUCUUAUUCCACAUGGAAUGAUAUUAUCAUCUGAUGGACACUGUCGUCCAUUUGAUCAAAAAUCUAGUGGUACAGUUAGAGGUUCAGCUGUCGGAGUUGUAGUGCUUCAACGUAUAACUGACAUAAACCAGCAUAAUAAUUAUUCAGUGAUUAUUAAAGUAGCUGGUUACGGUAUGAGUAAUGAUGGAUUAAUGAAAUCUAGUUUUAUGGCACCAAAUAUUUCUGGUCAGCGUGCUUGUAUUAAAGAAGCAAAUAGAAUGUCUGGUAAAUCUACUGUAGAUUACGUUGAAUGUCACGGAACAGGAACAACAACAGGUGAUCUGAUUGAGCUUACAGCAAUGUCUCAAAUCUAUCCUGACAAUACACUAGUAGGCUCAGUGAAGGCAAAUAUUGGACAUGCUUUAGCUGCAUCAGCUAUUGCUUCCAUUAUUAAAUUGUGUAAAAUUGCUGAGACUAAUAUAGUACCGAGACAAAUCAACUUUGAAGCCUUCAAUGAAUCUCUCAGUGAUAUCGCUUUUCAAAUACCAAAAUGUAAUGUACAAUUUGACAGAAACAAAAAUUUACGACUCGCUGUGAAUAGUUCUGGAAUUGGUGGAACUAAUGCGCAUAUUAUUCUUGAAGCAGUUCAUAAGCUACAGCCUGAAAAUAAAUCAGAUGUACAGAAAUUUUACGCUUUAACUGUGACAGGAAAAAGUGAAAUAGCUUGUAUUAAGCUUUGUAAUCGUGUAAUGGAUUAUCUAGUUGAAGGAAUGAAUAUCGCGCAAAUAGCAAGCACCCUACAAAAUUACCGCGAACACUUUGAGUACCGUAUAGCAAUUACUGCCAGAACAAUUUCUGAUGCUGUAAAUAAACUGAAAAACAUUGAAAAAGUAAGCAAAGUUGAAGAAUUUAACGAUAACAACUUGGUAUUUUAUUUUCCACCUCAAGGAUUAGAAUAUACAAAUAUGGGAUAUGAAGCAUUGAAAGAAAACGAUACAUUUCGACAAGUUAUGCAAAAAUGUUGUAAAAUUGCCAGCAGUUUAACUGGUGAAAACUUCGAAGAAAUAAUUUAUCCAAAAAAUAAGUGCGAAGAUCAGGAAGUGAUCAGUAAGCAACCUUACUCUCAGAUGGCAAUGUUUAUGAUCAGUUAUGCAUUGGUGAAACAACUGCAAGUUUGGGGGAUUGAUGCAAAUACUCUUAUUGGUCACAGUUUGGGAGAAUAUGUAGCUGCGGCUCAUUCUGAUGUUUUUGACGUAGAAACUGCUUUGAGUAUUCUUUGCAAACGAGGUCAAUUAAUUGCAAGAACAGGCAGAGCUAAAAUGUUAGCGAUUAAGACUUGUAAUAGUCUCAUUUCUAGAUCAGAAGAUCAUAUAACAAAUGCAUUAGAGCUUCAUGCGGCCGUAGAAACUGCUAGCGAUUUUAGUGAAACCAGAGAAGAUGUAAUAAAUUUGAAUAUGAUCAUAGAAAAUGCGGGAAAUCUUGAUGUGUCAGAAGAAAAUGCGGGAAAUCUUGAUGUGUCGGAAGAAAAUGCGGGAAAUAUUGAAGUUUCAGCGGUUUUGAGCAAAAAUUUACAUUGUGUAGUUGCAAAACCUGGUUCUAUCGAAGAACUUGCAGAGAAAUUAAAAACGAGUGAAAUAAAUUGCCAAGAAUUGGUAACUAACUAUGGCUUUCAUACAUCAUUUAUGGACUGUAUUCUUGAUGAAUUUGCUGAGUAUUUAAAAAAGUUUACAUUCCGAAAACCUUCAAAACAAAUCUUAUCAAAUAUUGACGGAAAGCCAAUUCAAAAUUUUAAUUGCGAAUAUUUGGUGAAACAUUUGCGAAGUACUGUUCGUCUUGAUAAAUGCAUUGAAAACCUACCUGAAAAUGUCAAGGUCAUCGUGGAAAUUGGUCCCAAAGGAGUGCUACAGAGUUUACUCAAAAACGAUCAGAAAAAAACUUUGGUACUUUCUGCUUUACCAUCUAAGAAGCAACACGAAAAAGAAGCUCAUAACGAUAAUUUACUAAGUAUUGCUUCGAAAUUAUGGAUGAAAGGUUAUCCAAUAAAUUGGGAAAAAAUUUGCGGAAAUUAUGGUUUUGAUAGAUUUCUUCCAAAUUAUCAGUUUGAAGAAGACAUUUGUUGGGAAUCUGAAACCCAGAAGGUAAAUAUUGCAGCAGUUAAUGAAAUCAAUUUCUAUCAACCAUGCUGGGUACCAAUCAACUUUACUUCUCAGUCAAUAUGGAAUUCUAAGGGAGUUUUAAUAUUUGCACCAAUAAUUCCUAACAAAUCAAUAAAUGAACUUUUGGUAGUCCUACGAAAUCUUUUCAUACCUUAUUUUUGUGUUCUCAAUGCUAACUUAUCAUCGGAUUCAAAAUACCUCUAUUUCAAUCAAACUGAUAGUAAUACUUAUAUUAGUGAUCUGACUGAAAAGUCUUAUAAACAACUGGCUGAUAUUCUUUGUGAUCAGAAUUUUCACUUUGAUACUAUUAUUCAUGCAUGGAAUUUCUGUAUUGAAAAUGCUUGCCUUUAUAAAGAGCCAACUUUAUUAUCAAGUUUCUAUUCUAUUCGGUGGAUAAUACAAAAUAUUGUGUCGACCUCAAAUAUUCUAAGGUUUCUAAUACUGAUUGGUCAGGAUUCUGAAGCAGAAUCUUAUACUGCUCUUAAUCCAAUUAGAGAGUUAAUCAUGAUGCAAAAUUCAGUACAUUGUACUUCUCUUCUUUGCAAAUCAGAAGUUAAUUUAUUCAAAGCAUUGCAGUUACUUGAAAGUUUUCAACCAGAUUUCUCGCUAAUAAGAAAUCUUGUCGAUGAUCAAUACGAAUAUUUUUCAUAUUUUCUGAAAUUAUUUCACAAUGAUUCAAAGCUAACACAAAAUUGUUUGAUCCAGAAUCAUGAUAUUAUUGUAAUUUUUGGUGGAUUUGGCAGAAUCGGUCAAUCAUUCCUAAAAGUUUUAUGCCAAAACUUCAAAGCUUUAAACAUUUAUUCAAGUAGUCCAAAUGCUACUCGUCAUUUUUUACAACUACAAGAUAAAAUCCAUGAGUGGCAAAAUGGAAAUAAUUGCGAUGAACACAAAAUCAUAGCAAACGAUGUUGACAUUAGCAAAUAUGUUGAAGUCAGAAAUUUGCUACAAAAUAUUAUCGCUAAAUAUGGUCGAAUUGAUGUGAUUAUUCAUGCGGCAGCUAGCAGAAAUCAUCCAAACGUAUUUGAGAAAAAUUUUUCUCAAAUUGAAUCUAUUUUGCAACCUAAAAUUAAUGGAACUCGAAAUGUACUAAAAGUUUUAUCAGAAAAUAAUAUCGCAAUUCGAAGUUUGAUUUUAAAUUCGAGCAUGAAUGCAUUAUUUGGACUACCAGGUAAUAGUGAUUAUGCAGCAUCAAACAGCUUUCUCGAUGCAUUAUGUGAUCAAAAGUUUUGCAAUAUUCAGAAUAUUACAAGCAUUCAAUGGAUGGGUUGGAAAGGAAGCCAAAUGCUCGAAGAAUAUGCUAUUCAAACCCAGAAUCCUGUAGCAAAUUUGAUUAUGCAGAAUUCGAUACUGCAGGAUAAUGCAGAAGAGCUAAUCUUGAAUUGCUUGCAUGAACGAGGAUUAGUCGCUGUAUCCUUCGUUAAUCCCAAUGAAAUUAUAAAAGAAUUUAGAAAAUUGAAUUUUCGAAAUUCAGAGAAAAAAAAACUCAAAAAAAAGGAUGAAGAAGUCAAUUGCAACGAUUUGAAAAAUUUUAUUUCGAAAAUUUGGAUGGAUUGUUUAGCAGUUGAAAAUAUUACUGAUUCUGAUGACUUUUUUCAAUUAGGAGGACAUUCUUUGAAUGGUAUGCAAAUUAUUUGGGAAAUCAAUCGAGUUACAAAAAUUAAUUUGAAAUUAGAUAAUUUGCUCAAAAAUUCUAAAUUCAAAGAUUUUCUACAUUACUUGCAAAGGAUAAAUGCAUCUGAAAAUAUUUUGCGAUAUCAGAAAUUGAAAACUUUUUCAAUUCUCGAUAGCAGUGGUGAAUUUGUGAAAAUUCCACUGAGUUAUCCACAGGAAAAUAUGUAUAUCUUACGGCAUUUAUAUCAACCAUCACUUUAUAAUAUUUGUUUUCUACUAACUUUUCACGGAAAACUUUGUACUAAGAGUUUACGUAAAGCUAUGUUAUGCCUUAUUGCUCGGCAAACUUCAUUACGUACUGCAUUUCCUACAAUAAAUAUUACUUGUUAUCAAGAAAUUUAUUCUCUCACUGAAUCUUAUUAUCAUAUCAGUUGGCCUUAUAGAAGUGAAUCUCAACUUCAAAAAUUUAUUGAAGAUGAAAAAAAUCAAAUCUUUGACUUAAAUCAGAUACCUUUCAGACUGCUACCAAUGUGUAUUGAAAAAUCAUCAAGUAAUACUGAUGGAAAUCAAUUCUCUAUUAUAAUUAAUCAACAUCAUAUUAGUACCGAUGGUUGGUCCAUGACAGUCUUUGCUAAUGAACUUACUAGCUUUUAUCAUUGCUUUCAUGAAAAAAAAAGCAUUCCCGAAUCUCUCGGACGAUUAUCACAGAAUCUAGCACAUUUUGCCAUCUGGCAACGUAGUCAAGAAUUCAGUGAAAGAAUACAAAAUGAUCUUCAUUAUUUAUGUGAAAAAUUUGAUGGACUUCAAGCAACCCGAAUUAUUACUCAUGAAACUCAAAUUUCAUCAAAUUCAAAACUUAUAAAACGCAAAGUAUUUGUUAUUCCUGAAUUGCUUUGGUCGAAAAUUAUACGAACAGCUAAGCAAUGUCAGCAUACUGUAUAUACCAUAAUGCUUACUGCAUUUUUGUGCCUCAUUCAAGAAUUUUGUACUGACUACCAUCAGAUGCAUAAUAUUGUGAUCGGAUGUGCAGUAUCUGGGAGAUCAGAAGCAGAAGAAAUGAAGUCUGUAAUUGGUUAUUUUCUAAAUAAUAUUGUCCUGUUUGUGAAUGAUUUCCAACUAAAUACAAGUGCUAAAAUUUUAUUCCAAAAAGUAGCUGAAGCAAUCCAAAAUGCUCGAAAGUUUGAGCACAUUCCAUUUCAUAUAUUAGUCGCUAAGCUUAAUAAUCAACAAAGAAAUCUUCAGCAACAUCCAAUAUUUGAUAUAUUUUUUAAUUAUCGGCAUAAUUUAGAUUUUCCCAAAAUGGAAAUGGCAAAUGUUGAAAGUAGCAUAUCACAAUUAACCAAUAAUAAUGAUGCUUUUAAUUUUGCUUGUACGAUCGAUGAAACGGAUCAAGGAACUCAAAUAAGUCUAGAUUACAAUUCUAGAUUGUAUUCCAAUCAACUCACUGAUGCAAUCAUUCGACAAUACCUCAAGUUACUUAAAUCUCUUACUAAUGAAAAUGAUAAAACGUUAUAUGCAUCUAAUAUGCAUAUCGAUUCGGAAUUACCAGAAAAUAGCAAAAAAAAAUCAAGAUUAUCAGUAAAUUAUCGUCAAGAUUUACGAUCGAUAAUAAGUUAUCAAGAUUUACCAAUGCUGAAAAAUCUUAUCUCUAUAAUUAGUCAACAAUGCAUACUUAGUGCAAAUUAUGCAGCUUUAUGCAAAUCACAUGGAAACAACAUUAGCUAUCGAGAAAUGUACAAAUUAAUUGAACAAUUUUGCAAACAAAUAAAACAAUUUUACUUGCAAAAUAUUGGCGAAAGUAUUCGUGCCGAUACCGUAAUACCAAUUUGUGCUAAUUCCAAUACAAUAAUUUUACCACUUUUAGCAGUUCAACUUACAGGUGCUGCUUAUGCACCUAUUGAUCCUGUAAAUACUUCAAAUGUGAUUGAACAAUUAGUUAAACACAUAAAUGGAGCAAUUAUCAUUGUAGACAAUGAUGAUCUUGAUUUGAAUAUUCCUGUCUUAUCACUAUCUUAUCUUAAAAUUCAUUCUUGCAACGAUACAAAAACACAAAGUAUUGAUUACUGCGGGAAUUUUUCAUGUAGUACAAGGCCAUGUAUGAAUCAAAAUUUCGAUGCUACAUAUGUUAUUUUUACUAGUGGAUCUACUGGCAAACCAAAAGCAGUAUGUGUUACAAAUGCCAACCUUCUGAACUUUGUCAUUUCAGCUACACAAGAAGCAGCUUUUCGUCCUGAACUUCGAAUCUAUCAUUCUGUAAAUACUGUAUUUGAUGUUAGUUGCAUGAAUAUUUUUACAACUUUAUCAAACGGAUGUUGUUUAGUACAAUCGGAAAAUAUUCUCAAUGCAAUUCAAGAGAUACCAGAAAAAUUGAUAAAUUUUGCUUUUUUACCAUCAGCUUUGUUCAAUAAGUUCGAAGAAGAAGAAAUAGUCAAAUUACGAACAGUUGAAAGUUUAUUUGUCGGAGGUGAAACUCCGAACAGUCAACGGAUUAACCGAUUGUUACAGGAAGGAAUUCGUAUUAGUCAAAUUUAUGGUCCAACUGAAACAACUAUUUGGUCACUGAGUAACAAAUGUUCCAUGUGGGAAUCUGAAACUAGUCGAAUUAUUGGAAAAGCAAUCAAUAACGAGUUUGUUUAUUCGGUAAAUUCAGGAGGUAAACUUGCUUGUGAUGGAGUUAAGGGUGAACUAGUUAUAUCUGGAGAGGGUGUAGCUCGUGGAUACAUAAACAAGCAUCAUUCUGAAAAUGAUUUUACAUUGAAUCCGCUUCAUACUAGAGAAGAUGUAAUUCUUAAUCGCAACGCUCUUCGUUGCUAUUAUACGGGAGAUUUAGCACUAAAACUUGAUGGAAAGUAUCAUUUCCUUGAGCGUAAAGAUGCACAAUUGAAAAUACGUGGUUAUCGGGUGGAACCAGCAGAAAUAGAAGCUACUGUAAGGCGCUGGAAUUCAACAAUACGUAAUAUUAUUGUACUAAAAAAUGAACGAUUAGAUAAUUUAGUUUUAUUUAUUGAGAACAAUUCUUCAUGCAAAGGUUUGCAUGAAUAUUUAAAGGAACAAUUGCUACAUUAUAUGAUACCCAAGCAAAUUAUUGUUCUGAAGACGAUUCCAUUAAAUCGAAAUGGCAAAAUUGAUCAAAAUAUUCUAAAACGACUAUUAAGUAGAGAUCAAUCAGAAUAUCAUAAAUGCAAUGAGCUUCAAAUUAUUGAGUAUUCUCAAAAUUAUUCUGCUAAUCACUUGGAACAUUGCAGGAAUGAUAGUAUUUCCGAGAAUUCUCAAAGUAUGAGAACUUCAAUAAUUAUGAAAAUCAAAAAAAUUUGGUGUCAACUACUUGGAAUAAGUAACCUCACAUCACCAAAUGAUGACUUUUUUAUUUCUGGUGGUCAUUCACUUCUUUUAGUGCUUCUUCGUAAUCAUCUCUUGAAAAAAUUUGCAUAUGAUCUUAAUUUUGAAAAUUUUUAUCGGAAACCAACAUUCUCAGCUCUUGUUGAUAGCAUUCAUCACGCAUGUGAAGAAAAAACACGCAAGUGUGAUUUACAAAUAAAAUUCCAAAUAAAUCGUGAUAUUACUGACCAACUGAUCUCAUCUUCUAGUCAUACAAUUAUUAAUGAAGAUAAAAUUGAUCACGUAUGUGAAAAAAAUACGCAUAAAUGUAAAUCACAAAAAAAAUUAUACUUUGACCGCAACAUUAUUAAUCAAACUAUUACUCCAAUCGACUAUCAAACUACCAGUGCCAACAAUGCACAAUCAAACUACCAGUCCUAUUCAUUAAAAUUUGUGAAUCUUCGAGAGACCGCAUGCGCUACUGGAAACCUUUACUUAAUUCAUGCAAUUGCUGGCACCAUUUAUCCAUACUUUGCAAUAAUAUCCGCUAUACCAGAAUAUUUAAAUAUUUAUGCAAUUGAAUACAAUCUUCACUAUCCAUCGAAUACUUUGUUGGAAUUAGCUACUUUCUAUUCUGAAAAUAUUGAUCUACAUAGCAAUAAGGUUAAACAGAUCCAUCUAAUGGGGCAUUCAAUGGGUGGAAUUAUAGCUCGAGAAAUCGCUCAGAUAAUGAAUCAAAAGUUGAAAAUUCCGUUUGUUACUAUGCUUGAUUCUUGGGCAAUUGGAACAAAUGAACUGCAAUUUAAUGAUGUCAAACUUUAUCUUCAGAAAAAAUUGGAAGGAUUACCAAAUGAGGAAGAAUAUCUGAUGAAAGCGAAACAACUUACGAAAAUUCUAAAAUAUCACCAUUUUACUAUAAAUCCAAUCAAAAUAUAUCUUCUGAAGGCAAAAAAUUUCGGGAAUUCACCAAUUACAUCAACAACAAGCAAAUUAGCAACAAAAGAAGAGAUGAAAGUGAUUCUUUCAAAUGGUUGGCAAAUGUAUUCUACAAAACCAAUAGAUUUAUUUUUUAUUAACGGUGAUCACGACUCUAUUCUUCAACAACAUAAUCUGACUUUUCUCACCCAAUUGUUUUCGUACAUUUAUACUCAGCAUGACUUAAAUAAUGAAUGA